AUGGACGACACCACACGCUCUCUCAUCCGCUUCGUGGCCCGCGGCUUUUAUGCCCGGCCCUACGUUUUGAUCAUCGACGCCGUCUUGAUCCACCUGGUGCUCUCCGAAGACGAUCUCAUCUAUCUCUUGGGCAUCCACCGGAAGGAGUUGCGGUCGCUCUGCAACAAGCUUGUGGACGACAAGCUACUUGCCAACCACAUCCAAAAGGAAGAAAACUCACAGCAGCGCUUGACCAACCGCACGUACUACUACAUCCACAUCACCGAGGCCAUAGAUUCGGUGAAAUGGCGGGUGCACUCCAUAGUGUCGGCAAUCAAGGACGAGAUGUCGCUGUACGGAAACCCACAUGGGUACGUGUGCUCGCGGUGCGGCCGCAAGGUGAGCCAGUUGGACGCGAUCUCGCUUUUGAGUGACGAUAAGUCGUCGUUCAUCUGCGACACCUGCGGCGCGGUUUUGAUGGAGGACGAUUCGCUGCAGCAGGCGUCCAUCAAGCAGGAGAAUUUGGAGCGGCUCAUGGUGCAGGUGGACCCGAUCAUCGGGUACUUGAAGAAAAUCGACAACGCGCACAUCGAGGACAACACCUUCGAGACUGCCUUGACGAAGGCCAUCCCGGCCCAGUCCAGCUCCACUGCCUCGUACACACUUUCCACGCGCGUGGCGGGAAACUCCAGUCUGCAGAUGUCCCAGUCCUUACAGAACGCCGCCUCGAAGGCCAAUGCCACGUUGCACGUGUCCAUCACCGCCUCCGACGAGAACUACGAGAAGGAGCAGCAGGAGAAGGAGGAGAGGAGGCAGAAGUUGGAGCAGAACGCCUUGCCCUCGUGGCACUCGGCCUCAACGGUGGGCCAGAGCACAGGUUUCGGCGUGCCCGACGACGAAACGGCCGCUGCGGCAGGCCCUGCGCCCACGGAAUCCACCGAUCCCGCGGUCAAGCACGAGGAGCUGGGAAUCAAAACCGAGAGCGACGCGGCGCCGGCGGUUCCUGUGCCAAGCGCCAGCCCACUCACGGAGGCGGAGCGCAAAGACAAAGAGGCGCAGGAUGUGCUUGCGGCGUAUUAUGCCAAUUUGGCCGAGAAGGAGGCCCAGGAAGACGACGACGACGAAGAAGACGAUGACGACUUCGAUGAUUUCGAGGACAUCUAG